UACUUGGCAAUAUUCCUGGCCCACCUAGCUUCUCUUCAACCAAUAGCAUCCUCAAUAUUGAUAUCUAAGCAGAUAAGGAAAGAUGAUAAUGCAGAGCUCUCAUUGGUCUCUCACCAUCCUUCACAGCAUCUUGUCCGUCCAAUCCUCAAAAUAUCCAAAUCACUAGCCGUCCAAUUCAUCCAUUAAUCUCACACCACAAGCAUUCCCCCUCCAGUUCUCACCAAUACAAAAUGGACCCUGAAGGAGCCAAACGCAGCGGCAUCAUUCAUCCUCUUCUUCUCCCAUCUCAUAAUCACUUGAAUUCCAUCAGCUAAAGCAGCGGAAUCAAAGAUGGCAACUUCUACUCAGGCUGCUUCAGUUGCCACUCUUCGGCCGCUAGAAUCGAGAUUCAGAUCCAGAUUCCUCACUGGCUCUUCUUCUACCAAACUCGGUAGAUCGAAAUCGUCAAUACCAGCAUCCAACAUCUCUUUCAAGGUGGAAGCCAAGAAAGGCGAGUGGCUUCCUGGUCUCGCCUCCCCCAACUACCUCAACGGCAGCCUGCCAGGAGACAAUGGGUUUGAUCCGCUAGGACUAGCAGAGGACCCAGAGAACCUAAAGUGGUACGUGCAAGCAGAGCUGGUGAAUGGGAGGUGGGCUAUGCUGGGUGUUGCAGGCAUGCUGCUUCCUGAGGUCUUCACCAAGAUCGGCAUCAUCAACGUUCCCCAGUGGUAUGAUGCUGGCAAGGCCGAGUACUUCGCCUCCUCUUCCACACUCUUCGUCAUCGAGUUCAUCCUCUUCCACUACGUGGAGAUAAGGAGGUGGCAGGACAUAAAGAACCCAGGAAGCGUCAACCAGGACCCCAUCUUCAAGCAGUACAGCCUCCCCAAGGGCGAGUGCGGAUACCCAGGUGGCAUCUUCAACCCCCUCAACUUCGCACCCACCCUCGAGGCCAAGGAGAAGGAGCUUGCCAACGGGAGACUGGCAAUGCUGGCGUUCUUGGGGUUUGUUGUGCAACACAAUGUGACCGGGAAAGGACCUUUCGAGAAUCUUCUGCAGCAUAUCUCUGACCCAUGGCACAACACCAUCAUCCAAACUUUCAAAUGAGACUUGUUACUUAAGAUUACUAUACGUAUUUAUUUAGCCUUUGGCAUUCUUUUCUUUUUUCCUUUAUUUUUUUUUCCUGUUUGUGUAAACUAUUUCUCUCUCAAUCUAUCUCGUGUCUGUCUUCAAAUGGUUUGGGAUUGUAAAAUGAUCAAUCAAAGAGGAAAUUAAGAAGUGAACCUGGUUUCAGUGUA